GCAUACAUAGGUUGCUUCUGUUUCCUUGGUGGUCGAAAAAACAAGACCCCGGCUGGUAAGUUUCCCGGGGCAAUAAUUACCAUUACCACCAACCCGCUUCUGGACGACUACUGCUGCUGCUUUGCUUCUACUUCCCAAAUUACUACCAUGAAAUUUCCCUAAACCCAACUGAGUGGUCGGCUGUUUCAACGCAACUCUUCGACUCUUCUCUCUCUUUCUUCCUCUCUUCAAUCCCCUCCCCCGAUCUCUUGCUCUCCCACCUUAAACCUCGAAAUUUAUCUUUUUCUCUUAUUUCUCGACUGAUCUCUUCUUUCUCUUUUUUUUUUUUUUCCCUUCUAAAUCUUAUUUUAUCUCUCCCUCCUCUUCCUUGCCCCUCCGUCCGUCUCCCGCAAGAUUGAACUCUCGAGUAAUUUAAGCUACUCGCUCUCGUCACCUACUGCUCCCAUCCUAUCCCGACUUACGGUACUUUUCCCUUCAUUCGCCGAGAAUCAUCACUUUCGCUGUCUUCGAAGAACCGACCCAACGAACGAAUUCUUACCGUCUAGCGUGGUCGAGCACCAGCUUCCGCGCAUACUUGCUGGUGUCUGACCACGAGUCUUUCUUUCGCCACGGCCCCCGAAAAUGACGAGCGGAACCCCCAGAAAUCGAGUGCCACCGCUAUGAGUGAUGUUGAUGCUGUCUCCUCCUUGCCAGCUGCCCUGGAUGCCGGACACAGUGCUCUUGCGGUCAAGGUGAACCACCGAUCUCCUUCAGGUCUACGGUCUCCUAAGAGGUCUUCUCCAUUUCCUGCUCGUAGAGGAGAGGACGAUCGCGGAAAAGAGGUUGUUCCUGUUGCUGGGGUGAGCGAAGGGCCACCAAGCCCCAAGGCUGACUCGGAGGCAGAAACUAUAAUCCAAUCGGGCCGAGAGUCUCUGUCACCAGAAAAGAGACGGAAGUACAUACAGCAUGAACCGAAACGACGUGAUGAUGAUGACCAUGUUGAUGCCGCAGAAAGUGACCUUCCUCCUAAUGACCUGCAGGUGAGAAAGAGAAAGUUGAUGGAUAGCGAUUCUUCCGAUGGACGCGAUCGUGAUCCACGUUCUUUGAGCCCAAGGAGAAGGAUAGUGUCUCCGCUGUCGAUUGUCAAAGUUGAGAAGCCCGAGGACUCGCAAUCUUUUUCCACUAGAACUGAACUUUCGACUACCUCCGCACCCAGAACCUCGAGGAAGCGUAGCUUCAGCGAGACGAUUGACGGUGAGGGGGACGCCGGCCGUCCUGCUCGCCCGAUUGCAGCGUCUCGUGACCAGCGGAAGGAUUUGAACAGCAUAACAUUCCCUCGACCCGUGUCAACGGAUCGGUCAGCCUCACCAGUCCGGUCUGUGCACAAACGAACUGCGUCAGGUCCUCAGAUUGGAGAUGUGCAACGGAAGAAGAAGGCGCCAACGCCACUUAUUACUGGAUAUCCACGGCAAAGUUCGGAAGACCGACAGUCCGUGUCAUCAUCUACAAGUGGAUCACCAUUACCUUCUGCGCACCUUCGGAAACUUGGCUCAGUGGAUGGUGCUUCAGCUUCCCCUGCUAGGCCAAUGGGCCAUAAGAAACAGCGCGAUCAGAAUGGCCGGACACGCCUUGCACGUGCUUGUGCAGCUCAAGAAUUGGAGACCGCCAUCGCCAGACAUGCCGACCGUCCAGAGGACUUGAAUGUUGCCGACAAUGCCGGUAAUACCCCCCUGCAGAUUGCGUCUCUGGAAGGAUGCGCGCCUAUUGUUAAAUUCCUUUUGGAUUCUGGCUGUGAGAUCGACACUAAGAACAUUGACAAAGACACGCCAUUGAUUGAUGCGGUGGAAAACGGCCAUUUGGACGUCGUCAAGCUUUUGUUGGAAGCCGGCGCCAAUCCGCGUAUUGUCAAUGCUGAGGGUGACGAACCGUAUGACCUGGUACCUUCCGACAGUGAAGAUUACGAGGAGAUUCGACGAGUACUAGCACAUGCGAAAGCCAACCCAAGACCCAGUCGUCGUUCUGAAGAGAGAGCUGGUUCUGAAAACAAAGAGACAUCGUCCCGACGGGUUUCAGCUGAAAGUGUGCGUGAAUCGCCUCCAGCGAAUAGACAACGUAGUCCGCCAUUCGCUACCACAACAAAGCGCAAAACUGUCCGAAGUGAGGCUACGCGAAACGAUCUCUUGUGGACAACGGCGACUCCAGAGAAUUUACAAGCUUUUGCUGCCAAAGGAGAUAUCGUGGGAGUUGCCAAUAUUCUCAAUGUGGGGCAGAAGGCUGAUCCCGAGUCUAUGAUUGCAGCUGCUAAAGGUGGCCACGACGAGGUGAUUUCACUUUUGCUCGGUAUGGGGGACGCAGCUCCUGACCCCGACCCGGUGCAGGGUGGCUCUCAGAAACCUGGUUUUAACACACCCAUGCUAGCUGCAAUUGGCCGGGGCAACCUUGCUGUUAUCAGAAUUUUACUUAAUCAACCGGAAUUCAACCCCACGCGUCGUCUCUACAGAGAUCGGACUUAUUUCGAACUUUCUCGGGAACGCCGAGCGGAAAACUGGGAGGACGAGUACGACCUUCUUCGAGAUGCGUAUGACAAUUACGUCAGGACCAAGAAGUCCCGCAAGCAGGACGUUUCCUCGCCACGUAGAGCGCGCGACAAGGAUAAGGAAAACAAGCGGCCUGGACGCAGAGAUUCGCCUUCUCCUGCAGGCCGGCCCAGGAAGCCCAAUGGAAGUCCAAGCUACAGAGAUCUUGCGUCUAAGGAUGUAGCCUCGUUAAAAGAAAAGAGGCGUGACAAUAUAGCUUACGUGAAGGAGAAGUCUAGUGUUCCACGUCCGAGGCCUGCUCAUAGUGCAGGCACAGAACCCGAUAUCUCUCGUCCGGAUUCAAGAGUGAAGCAACCUCUUUCGUCGAAAGAUGGGGAGUCUAGCGCCGCUAGCCGUGGAGAAGAGGCUCCUAAGCGGAGACGAUUGAUUGCCGGGCGACCUCCGCAAGAUCGGAGGAGGCCAAGUUUGCAUUCAUCCGAUUCCUUAUCUAGCCGAGAUGAAAGCUCCAAAAUCCGUGUUGAUCAUUCUGAGUCUGCCAUGAAAUCCGGACCGCUACCCUUGAAGCGUGGACGUAGCAGUGCGAGUCCCGAACGCGGUCGUCCUGCGGAGCCCGAUCGACAAACUCGUGAUAUUAUUCAGAAGAAAAGGCGGGUUUUGUCAGAAGACGGAACACCGAAUAUCACCAACGGAGGCCUCAAAAAGGACCAGGCACUUGCAGUUGGGGAUGCUAAACCUCGCCGGAAGGAUGAUGAUGAUCAUCCAGAGCCCAAGCUAGAUCCAAUUCGUCGGCCCGAAGGCCAAUCACACAAAGCUGCAGAACGAAAGUCAGUGAAGGAGGAACAGGAAAGGCAUGAUACCAAUGGUCUAGACGACAUCCCUAUGAACGACGAUACAGAACAAGCGGAGGCGGAGGCGGAGGCGGAGGUUCGUCGACAAAAGGAGGCCUGGAAGGCUAAGCAAGAACGCCUGGCGGAAGAAGCUCGCCUCGCUGCGGAAGCAGAAAAAGCUCGGCGGGAAAAGGAAGAGGAAGAACGUGCUGCUCAUGCAGCUCGCCGCCUUGCUGAGGAAAAGGAAAGAGCUGCAGAGGAAGAGCGCAAACGCAAGGAGGCAGAACAAAGGCGCAUCAAACAGGCGGAAGAUGAGCGUCUGAAGCGACUCGAACAAGAGAGGUUACGCCUUGCAAAAGCACGCAGGGAGCAGGAAGAGCAAGAGCAAAGACGACGAGAUGCCUUGCCAAAUCGUCUACGCAUUGCAGCUAAUCUAGUUGGGUCCAACGACCCACAGGCGAAGAACCAUCUAUGGCUGAAGAAGUUCAUGCCUGUUGUUACUGCCGAGACUCGGCAACUCGACCCUUCCUGUGCUCCGGACGUCGCCGUGGAGAAAUGGGUACCUAACUACCUAGUUGCGCCGCUGCUAGCGACUAAUGAUCUUCAGCUCGCACAAUAUUCAAGCUGGGAGAAGCGCCAUGCAACACCAACACAGCGGAUGAAUCUCUGGCGUGUUACGCGGAGGAUGCUUGUUCAGGCGGAUGAUGCGGAAUUUAUGAACUCAUCCUUUGGACAAGUCAUGCAGAAGGAUAGCGAAACACGACCAAAAUACUUCGAUAUGGAACAUGUAUUUUGGGUGAAGCUCUCCGACUUUAUGGACCUUGUUCCCCAUAUCCCUCAUCUGCAUGGUCUCGAUCUCCAGUUUCUGAAGAUGCAUAUUGAUCAGGAGCCUGCGGCGCCGCUCGCGUUCAAUUUCCCACAGGCCAAUGGGCACAUAUCCGGGCCUUCCCAUGUUGAGGAUACAGCUGGGCUUCCCAAUGGAGUGAAAGGCCUCACUAACGGCUAUGGUCACCGACCAAGUACAUAUGUCUAAUGUCUUUUUCUUUUUCAAUGUUCUAAGAAUAUUGUCCGGCGGAUUAUGAGGACAGCCUGUACAGGUGGAAGGUUUCCUUGAUGUAUGACUAUGAUACCUUGUUGAUGUGUGAUGUCUGUCGAUAGGACUUGGAUAGACAAUGGAAUGACCAGCGGUCAUCGAUUCUCACCCUGUAACGAAUAAUAUAUGGAGUAACGAUAAAGAUACCCCCUCAUUGUAGUGCCCGGCUUGAGGGUCACGUGAAAACUGGAUGGCAUCUCAUGUACCUUAACCGUUCAUGGAAUUAUCGAUAAGGAUGUUGAUUACGUAAGACGACAAUAGGGCACACGGUCCCAAUUUAGGCGAGAAACCUCAUCGUCGAUUCCACA